AUGGAAGCUGCUUCUGCAUCAAAUACGGCUCAAUGCGAGACAUCAUCGCCCGUGCUAUUCCGCCGACUUUGGACGGAGCGUUCCAGUGUGUGCGGUGCAUCCACACCUGACAAAUAUUUGAAAUGCCUCGCCGCCAUAUUGAAAUUCCAAACAUUCCUCCCCAGGUUUGACACUUAUUUGGCUUUGCCCACGGCCCAUUUUGUCCCCGAUCAAACACCGUCAGUUGAGCUAUCAUCCGCACUGAAAGGUUUCUAA